UGAACGUGUAAGAGCAUAUGCUUGUUAAAAAAUAAUUUGUUCUAAUUUUCGUUGCGCGAUUAGGCAACUUCCGUUUUUGGCGAGGUAUUAAUUGUUGCGGGAGUGUGUAUUUCAAUUAUUGUAACUGGAUGUUAACGUGUUCAAGUAUUGAAAUUUUGAACUUGAAAACAUAUCACAGAGGCAGGCGUGUAAAGAAAGCAGUCGGUGUAAAUAAUUUACUUCCUGUAAGGACACAUACGCAUUAUAACAAUGAGUGACAACGAGUGUUGCGUUGAACCGGAAGUUGAAAUGGAACAGGUUGACGGACAAGGCGCCGAUGCAGCGAAUGGGUUCGAGCGCAAAUAUGACCUCCCCGAAAAACGGCCUGACCCCCAGAAGUAUGGAAUCAAGGAAAAUCCAGAGGAAAAGGCGCUGGAUGCCAUUAACCAGGAGAUAAUGGAGGAUGAGCGUUACAAAGAUGUGGAAAAUCUCACCUGGCAGUUGGAGGUAUUCAAAGGCAAGUUCCUCGAAUUCGAAAAAGAUAAGCAAGGAAAUAUCGACCUGUUUGGACUGAAACGCAUGAUGGAGAAGCUCGGUCAGGCGAAGACACACCUGGAGAUAAAGAAGAUGAUCAGUGAGAUUGACAGCACCAACUCGGGCACCAUCUGCUACCGGGACUUUGUGAUGAUGAUGAUUGGUCCCAAAAGCUCAAUUCUUAAGUUGUACUGGGGUCAAUACAAAAAAGAAAUGUUUAAAACGAUGAUCCUCAUGUUCGAACAGAAGGGGAAGGAGAAAGAGAAACCAACAGGAGUUGCUCCAAAACGUAACCUUGCUGAUCUCCCCUGAGCGCCAAAUUUGAGCGUUUUAGGCUUUUCAUCUUGUAACAAUCGAGCCUCGUAUUGAGAAAACUAUCCCGUUUGUUUUUCUACAUUAGGAAAUCUUAAUGAAUAUUGUUUCCCGACACAAGAAAUACAAAUAAAAAAAGAUGUGCCGGAAAUAAUUAUCAUCAUUUUACCAGCAGCAAUACUUUAUUUACUUUGUAUUUGUUAUUAAUAUUUUGUACCGACUGUGUUCUUUAUAUAUAUUUUUGUAUUUUCGUAUAUGCAUUGUUGUUUAUGAUAAUCUAUUAAAGCGUUACUUUAAACAUUCUCUUUCAUACAAGUCUUUCCGACUAUAAAACAAAGGUAUUCAUUGACAAUUCAACUGUAUCGUUAAUCUUUAAAAAAAUUUUUUUGGUCAAACUGAUUCUAUAUGAAUGUGCUCUCCUUAAUGUGUAUGGCGCUCCUGUAUAUUUUUAUUUCUCGACGCAGGAUGAUAUUAUAUGUUUGCAUUAACCCUUGUAUGGAUGUCCUGUUGUCAUCAAAGGGACGUUCGUUAUUCGGCAACCACGUGGAUUUGAACUGCUAGGAAUAAUUAAAAAAGAGAUACUGCUUAUAUAUCGCACAUAUAUGAGAGAAAUAAUUGCAAGCUAUAAUGAUGUGUAAUUCCUAUAAACAAAAUAAAUUUGCUGUUGGAAAACAUGUAUAUAAGCAUGUUGGUAAAUAUAUAUGUUCUCAAAGCAGCUAUACGUGCUCUGUGUGGAAUCGCCCUAUCAGCAUUGUAUUAUUAUAUUACUAUUAUAUUUUAGCAAUUAAAUUGUUUAGUGCUUGAACGCAUGUAUGAACAUAUUCAGGGUAUGCUUUUUGGGACCAAAUAGAGGUUUAGUGGUAAAAAAUGACUUCUAUCGCAUGCUAGAGUUCAACAUUAUUUGUCUAAAAAGUUCUGGUUAAAAGCACAUUAAUACUUAAAAUCCACGAAAUUUUCGUACAGUUUUUCGAAAAUAAAAUAAAAUUAAAACAUAAAAAAUAAAUGUUCCUUAAAGCAAUAGCCAAAAUUUAAACUUUAGAUUUGGUAUGGUAUUACUUUAAUGAUUAUGUUUAUGCCAACGUCUUCGAGCACAAUAAUUACUAGUAUAUCUGUUUUCUGAGUGUUUUUUUAUAUCGAGUAACGGUAUAAGAUUGAAUGCUUAUAUUAGUAUAUGUUACUUUAAAUCAAAUGCCGGGAAUAACAUGAACUGUGUCGAUAUUAUGAUGGAACGAUUGCCGUCAGCCUAUUCAAUACAAUAGCUUGUGUUCAUUUGUUGUAGUUGUUAUUUUUAUUGAAAAUUUGCAAAGCGAAUAUUUGUAGUUUAAAUUAUAUUUCUGAUAUUCGUGUGAGUAAGCAAAUGUGGUGAUUGUGAUCUUUUGUGUAUGUUUUGAAUAAAAUUCUUUCUUUU